AUGAUUUUGCUGCAGCUCACAGUUUUGGGUUAUUUGAACACCGGGAAAACAGCUCUAAUAAAUUCCAUUAUGAACAAUGACAUUUAUAGCAACUAUGUCCACACGGAUUUACCAACCGUAUACUACAAAGUACACAAGGAGAAAAAUAGAAGCUUCUGCGUUGAGAUUGAAGAUACAUGUGUUAACGUGGAUGUGAAUGUCUUUAUGAACAUGCUAAGGAAGGAAAUUACGACGGAUAGUAGAAGUAUGCGGAAUCCCGUGUUCAGUUUAUUUGAGAAACCGACCAUUCCUUUUCAAGUGGGAGAUCAAUACAACUCAAUCAGCUACGGAAGGAUGGCCUACUUUCUAGUCUUCGACCUCACGAACGCGUCCACCCUCGAAUACGCUAAGAUGGUUUACUCGAACAUGUCCAGUGUAUAUGACCGACAUUAUACCCUAAAACCGUUUAUAUCACUUGUCGGGAAUAAAUAUGAUUUAGUCACGGAAGACUGUGAGUUAGUCAGGCAGGCAGAGAACUUCGCCAACGAGAAUAUGGUUCAACUGUGGCUAACAUCGGCACUAACGGGAAGGAACGUCAAAAAGGUGAAAAUAUAA